AUGAAUUUUCCAACUCCAAAUGUUAGUACUCAUCAUCUUAGUAGUGAUCGUAUUACAAGUGCAAUGGAUUUGAGAAGUAGUCAAUAUCUGUCACCAUCUAACCAACAACAACGAACUAAUAAAAAGUCAUCAGAAAAACAAACGUUACAGACACAAUCGUUGACACCAAACUCUUUACAAAGAUUACCAUUAAUUAAUAGUCAAUAUAACAAUCAAGUUCAACAUACAUUAAUAGACAAAACUGAAAAACGAAAUAACUGGAUUAAUAAAUUUCGAUAUGUUCCAAAUCAUAUUGGAACAAAAAUCUCACCAUCUUCAUUAAGUUAA